CUGGCUGAGCUGGAGGAUUCGCCGAGCCUGGCUAGAUCAACUGUUGAGAGAAUAUUUAGAGCAGGUUCAGGAGCCUUCGGAGGAACUCUCGAUGUAGAAUAAAACUCACACAUUUAGGCAGAUUCGCUUCUUAAAUAGAUUAAUAGAGUUAUUUACACUCAAGCCAUUUAGUCACAGCGGAGGGCUUUCUGUUUGCAGCUCUGUGCGCACUGCCAAGUGGAGCCAACUUGGGGAAAGAAAGAUUUGAAGAACAUCUCUCCAACACUUUGAUUUAUCUGAAGUGGGGCUUGGAAAAUCGCAUCAUGUCAUAUUUCAGCACACUGUGUGUGUACUUUUUGAUGGCCCUCAACCCAGUUAUGACAAAUACCAUCACCGAGGACAUAGAUGUUUUGGUAUUUUUGCCACAGAAUAACUCCUACCUUUUUUCACACACGAGAGUCGCACCGGCGAUCCUUUACGCACAGCAGAGGCUGCAGGCGGACGGAGGACGUUACUCCGGGUUCCAAUUCAACAUCCAGUUUGAGAACUCCGACUGUGUCAAUGGUGCUCUGUACAUGUUGGUGGACAGGUCGUGUGGGAAUAAGCCAGAUUUGAUUCUGGGUCCGGUGUGCGAAUACGAGGCGGCAGCGGUGGUGAGGUUGGCGUCCCACUGGAACAUCCCCGUGAUCUCAGCAGGUGCCCUGGCCGUCGGCUUCAGCAACAAGAACGCCGAGUACUCCCACCUGACCCGCAUCGCUCCGUCCUACGUGAAAAUGGCAGAGACCUUCAGCGCGAUGUUCGAACACUUCACCUGGAAGAGCGCACUACUGGUCUACGAAGACAAGGAGGAGCGGAACUGUUACUUCACUUUGGAGGGAGUCUAUCAUCUGAUGGCUGACUUUAACAUGAAAACAUAUGCUUUUUCCCACGAGGACCGCCUGGACACUGAUGACAUCCUCCAGAACAUGUAUGACACUGAAGGUGGCCUAGGAGUAUCAGCUUUGACUGGAGUCAUAGUAGGAGCUCUUCUGGGAACUGCAAUGCUUAUAGCAUUCUACUUUUUCAGGAAAAACUACAAGAUUACCAUUGAGCGCCGCACACAGAGUGAAGAGUGUGCCACUGGGAAGCACCGUCAGUUACGAGAGGAUUCCAUCAGAUCAAACCUCUCAGCAGCAUAAUCUGCGGCAGCAAAAGUCCCUUUACAAGAAUCACACAUCUGAUUGUGACCAAAGACUUUGCAAUGGUUGUCAGUAGAGCCAUGCUGUUAAAAUGAGACAUUUUGUGUUUGUAUCCUUUUAAUGUUUUGACUUAUUGUAACUCAGGACAGUUGUAACAGUCACAAAGCACCACUUACUUGGAUUUUCCUCUGUACAAAGGUAUAUGAUUGUAUUGGUGUAUAGAAAGCUUUUGAACAUAAUAUUUUGAAAAGGUUAUAUAUAUAUUAUAUAUAUAUAGCCGACCGCAAUUUUAACUUGCAGAUAAUUGUAAAAUACACACAAUUAAAAUCCACCAAAAACAUUAUGGAAAAGAUACCUUCAGAGAUAUACCUUUUGUUUAACCAGGAACCAUUAUAUCGCGGUCACUCACCACCAGAAUCCAUAGACAAAAACAGUAAUGUUAUGUUGCACAUCAUAAAAAGUGGACAGACACAAAAUAAAAUCCACCAAAACAGUCUUCAUUAGUCUUUCCACUGUUCCAACAAUCACCAGGUUUGGUCAUGAGAUGAUAAAAACAGAUGUUUCAGUAGCUAUCCUCAAAGAUUUAAAUGCCUUAAUGUGCACCUGUGGCCAGACAGGAGAAGUAAACAAUGCUCGGGGAUCAAAACAGGCAGAGGGAGUGUGACGUCAGUCUCUGCUCAGGAUGCCUUCAUUCGCAUAGCAAAAAGUUGUUUGCUGCUAUAUUAAUGUUCUAAAUAUCGUAUAUAUAACUUUGAAAAAAAAAAUGGUUUAAUUUUUUUUAAAUAUUCAUAUGGUGGUUACCAUGACUGUGAAUGACUGAGAACAGACAGUGUAUCUGACACUACAUUGGCAUGCACUAGUAGGGUGGCUGAGGCAUUUAACAGGACAAACAGAGGCCUCAUGUUUACAGGUGGUUUAACAGUAAUGCCAGAGUAAAGCUUUGAGGAAAUGAUACAGCUAGAACUAACCGACUAAAAGGGGUGUAGGCUAGAUCUUUAUCUAUAGGCUGUAAGCUACUGAUAUUAAGCUACUGAUAUUGUAAGGUUUUCAGCUAACAUAACCUUACUGAGAUCCAGCAGCCUCCAUACAAUUCCCAACUGAGCACAUUGCUCUUAAAAUGAGAAACACUGGGUCACAUAUCAUCUUAAAAGUACACCUCUUCAACACCUUUAGAUUGCCUCAUUUACAGUAUUACCUUUUUAAAUUUGUCUAUUUAAUAAAUUCAGUUGCUACCUGUGUAAGAAAUUGUGGUACUACUUUCUGAUAAGGCAUAUUUUGCAACGUAUGCUUUAUUAAUGGUUAAUAAAUGAAUUACUAAUGCUUUAUUGAUCAGUAAUAAGGCAGUAAUAACAACAACUUGAUUUGUUGUCGUUUUGGCUUAACUGCUAACCGUCGUUCCAGUGAAUUAAAGGGAAAUGACUUAUUACAACUUAAUACUUACUACAACCAAUGGCCACAGACACAAAAAUAGUAGUAAAACUAAGAAUUAUUCGAAUAAUAAUUUCCUAAACAACCAAUCAGGAUAUAUUGAAAGUUACAGAAAAUAUGAUAAAAAGUUAUGUUUAUAAAAAUUACCAACUGAAGCUUUAGUGACUUAUUAGAUGCAUACCUUAAUAAAUUAUUUAUUACCAAAGACAUGAGGUCCAAAUUAUAAACCCCCUAAAAGUAUUCCUUAUCAGAAAGUGGAACUAAAACCAUAACUAAUUGUGAUAUUCAUGAUAGAUCAUUAUAUUUCUGUGUUAUAAAGGCAGUGUGAGAUGCUUUCCAUAAACAGUAGUGACUGCAUAAAAAAAAAGUAUUCGUGACCUUUAUUUUUUUUAGCUGUUGAACUCUUUGUCAGUGGGUUGCAUUAUUCAUGCACUAUUUAAAGACGAGGUUUUUAUAGAAACAAAAGAAACACAGUGACCUUGGUAAAGAACCUCCCUAGCCUGUUGGUUCCAUUUGUGUGUUGGUAAAAUAUUCUAAGUAAACAGAUUAUUGUAUACAGUUUCAAAGCACCACAUUAACUUGCUUUAUUUAAAGUUCUGUAUAAUAUCACUUUAAUGACUUAUAGUAUCUGGUAGGGUAUAGUGACUUUCCUACCACCUUAAUAUAUUUAAAUUAUUUAUAACUUCAAAUGUUUUCUCCCAGUAUUGAAUUAAUAGUGAUUUUAUUAAACUAAAUUGUAUUUGGUUCUUUUUAUACCAUCAUUAUCUUAAAUAUCACCCACACUUCUGUUGUAACAAUUAGUUUUUUCUCAUAUGAUUGACAGUAGGGACUGUUUGA